CACACUCCCGUAAUCAAUAACAAUUCGAAUAUCUUGGACAUUCAUCUUCAUCAUCCUCCCACCUCCUCAUCCAUACAAACAAUACCCACCAUGGCCCCUAUCACCCUCGCCCCCACCCCCCUCCCCUUCCCCGGCGAGCUCCUCGUCCUCAUCCUCGACUACUACAUCAACAGCAGCACUCCUGCUGAUCUCCUACCCCUCAUCCUCUGCAAUCGCCACUUCUACCGCACCUACAUAAAGGACCUCUACAAGAGUGUCAAGCUUGACCAGAAGAACGCCGCAAAGUUUUUUGAAGGCGUGUCGCAACGCACGGUCGCGAGUGGCGCGGACGCGCCUCAGUGGCAAAAUGGCGAAUCAGAGACGCGUAGCAAGAAUUGUUCUUUGCCGACCCCUAUAUCUUCCGACCAAUCGUCUAUCAUCGUCGACCAGCCAUCCAAUGCCAAUGCGCGACCGUCUUCGGUGUCUUAUACCUCGCUCCCUGUCGAGACUUCUGCCCCCUUCGCUUUGACACACAAGACCCAUCUCAUCGACACCUGCCGAAGUGUCUACUUUCGAGAUGCCACGGCUCUCGAAAAGUUCUACGAGGCAGAAUUCCAGUGGGCUUCUCAGUUGAAGGCGAACAAGGACGCACUGCCCCAAGAGCUGUCGCCCAACCGUCUCCUGAAUAGGGAGCGUAUCCACAUCGUCUUUGGUACACAGUGUGUACGCGGCUUCUUGGCCGAUGUCGAGGGAUGGCGUGCCAAGAUUGUCAAGCAGGGCUACCUGUGGAACACCAAGGGCGCCCAGCUUUGUCUCCAUCUCCCUUUCGAGCUCUCCUCGCACGAGGUGUCCCAGCUCUGGAAGCUUCCCAACUUGGUGAACAAGAUGUUCAGCGAGACAUACCCUCUUGCUCUUACCAUCCACAAUGCCAGGCCAGACUUGAAGGCCUGGGUGGACUCGGGCAACGGAGGCAGGACCGUCAUCAUGGACCUCGCGCCUGAAGUGCGCCGUGGAGCCGUUGAGGGAUUGGGUGAUGGCGAGAAGCACGCGCGCGACAUUCUCGACUUUUACACUCGAUUCAUCGACGAGUACAAGUAUGUGCUCUGUGGCAGACACUCUUCCAACUACGCCCACAUUCCAUCAUUAAAGUUUACAAACUUUGGCACCACCUAUCACCCGAAGACCGAUACCCUCUCUUCUCCCUCCGCAGACAAGUCUGACUUUAUGCGGAAGAACUUGAAGAACGAGCACAAGCAUCUCGCGAACGAGCUCCAACAGGCCGAAGAGUGGUACAACCCCGACCCUCUGGCCGUAUACUCGUCCUUCAACGAGAGUGCCAAUGCCGAAGGGGAAGAGGGAGCGAGGUCGAGAGGGUUUGUUGACGAGUUUAGGCUCAGUGUGAGAGGCGCUAGUCUGCCUGUGAGGUGUGGAGAUUACUGCAGUGGCAUCAAGAGGGAGAGCUACCAGGAGUGCUGUUAGAGGCGUAGAUCACUGUAUCAGACUUUGUUGAUUUAUCUGUUUGCUUGCUUGUAUAUACCAGUCGUGUUGCAUAUAUUACCCAUCAUCUAUCCAUACCUUCAUGCAAU